AUCUUGUGUAUCGGCACUCGGCUGUAAAUGUCUUAAUUUGUACGUCAUUGGCAUCGGCGCUUGAGAUAGCAAACAAGGUCAAAGGACAUUUCUAUGUCCUCCACAGUCCGGAGGAACGAUGGACAACACUGGCUAUUGCAGUGAGAGCUUCAACAGCCUGCAGAGCGGAACCAGCGAUGAGGACAUGGUGGAAGUAGCAGGAGCCACGCUGGACUUUUCCAGCACAGAUGACGUACCUCCUCUAGACCGGGACUAUAGCUCAGGUGGUUCAUAUGGAGCUGGGCCUAAUGGGGUUCCUAAACUGAUGGAUUUACUAGAUGAGCCAGUGCCUGGGGUCGGCACAUAUGAAGAUUUCAACACCAUUGAUUGGGUCCGGGAGAAAUCUAAGGACCGAGAUCGCCACAGAGAGAUUGCUAGCAAGAGUAAAGAGUCAACCUGGGCUUUGCUGAAAAGCAUCAGUGACGCCUUCUCCGGCUGGCUUCUCAUGCUGCUCGUGGGACUGAUGUCAGGUGCCCUGGCUGGUGGGAUCGACAUCUCUGCCCACUGGAUGACCGAUCUGAAGGAGGGAGUGUGUCUGAACGGCUUCUGGUUUAAUCAUGAGCACUGCUGCUGGAACUCCAAUGAGACGACCUUCCAGGAGAGAGAUAAAUGCCCUCAAUGGAAAAGCUGGGCAGAGCUCAUCGUCGGCACCAAUGACGGCCCUUUCGCCUACAUCAUGAAUUACCUGAUGUAUGUGUGCUGGGCGCUGCUUUUCUCCUUCCUGGCUGUGUCUUUAGUCAGGGCCUUCGCCCCGUAUGCCUGUGGCUCUGGAAUACCUGAGAUCAAGACCAUCUUGAGUGGGUUUAUCAUCAGGGGCUACCUGGGUAAAUGGACUCUUAUGAUUAAAACCAUCACCCUAGUGCUGGCUGUGUCAUCUGGACUCAGUCUGGGGAAAGAAGGGCCUCUAGUCCAUGUGGCCUGUUGCUGUGGAAACAUCCUGUGCCACCUCUUCACCAAGUACCGCAAGAAUGAGGCAAAGAGACGAGAGGUAUUGUCCGCCGCUGCAGCCGUUGGGGUGUCAGUAGCUUUCGGCGCUCCGAUCGGUGGCGUUCUCUUCAGUCUGGAAGAGGUGAGUUAUUAUUUCCCCCUGAAGACGCUGUGGCGCUCUUUCUUUGCUGCAUUGGUGGCGGCCUUCACCCUUCGCUCCAUCAACCCGUUUGGGAACAGCAGGCUGGUGCUCUUCUACGUGGAGUUCCACUCCCCUUGGCAUUUGCUGGAGCUCAUACCCUUCAUCCUGUUGGGUAUUUUCGGGGGAAUCUGGGGAGCUUUCUUCAUCCGCGCGAACAUUGCGUGGUGCCGCCGGCGUAAGACGACUCGGCUGGGUCACUACCCUGUGCUGGAGGUGCUGGUUGUUACUGCGGUCACUGCUCUGCUGGCGUUCCCCAACAGCUACACCCGUAUGAGCACCAGCGAGCUGAUCUCUGAGCUGUUCAAUGACUGUGGUCUGCUGGACUCCUCACAGCUGUGUAACUACGCCAACGUGAGCGUCACCAAGAGCAGCAGCGACGCUCUGCCCGACAGGCCCGCAGGACAUGAUGUGUACACAGCCAUGUGGCAGCUCUCACUCGCCCUGAUCUUCAAGAUGCUCAUCACCGUCGUGACCUUCGGCAUGAAGGUGCCCUCUGGUCUCUUCAUCCCCAGUAUGGCUGUGGGAGCGAUCGCAGGCAGACUGCUCGGUGUGGGUAUGGAGCAGCUGGCAUAUUACCACCACGACUGGGUAAUCUUUAGAGGCUGGUGCUCACCUGGAGCGGACUGCAUCACUCCAGGCCUUUAUGCUAUGGUGGGCGCUACUGCCUGCUUGGGCGGUGUGACUCGUAUGACCGUCUCUCUGGUGGUCAUCAUGUUUGAGCUAACAGGCGGUCUGGAAUACAUCGUACCUCUCAUGGCUGCCACCAUGACUAGUAAAUGGGUGGCAGAUGCUCUGGGUCGAGAGGGCAUCUAUGAGGCUCACAUCCGUCUCAACGGCUACCCCUUCCUGGAGUCUAAGGAGGAGUUUAGCCACAAGACACUGGCCAUGGAUGUGAUGCGACCUCGCCGAAGCGAUCCCCCACUCUCCGUGAUUACACAGGACGGGAUGAGCGUGGAGGAAGUUGAGUCGCUCAUUGCUGAAACGUCAUACAGCGGCUUCCCUGUGGUCGUCUCACAUGAGUCUCAGAGACUUGUGGGCUUUGUGCAGCGCAGGGAUCUGGUCAUCUCUAUUGAAAAUGCUCGUCAGCGGCAGGAAGGUGUGGUCAGCGCCUCCCGAAUUUUCUUCACUGAAUACACACCUUCACAGCCACCCAACAGCCCUCCCCCGUUGAAGCUUCGUGGUAUCAUGGAUCUCAGCCCAUUUACCGUAACAGACCACACUGCCAUGGACAUUGUGGUGGACAUCUUUCGCAAGCUGGGUCUGCGCCAGUGUCUCGUCACUCACAACGGGCGUUUACUGGGCAUCAUCACCAAAAAAGACAUUCUGAAACACAUGGCCCAGAUGGCCAACCGAGACCCUGACUCUAUUCUCUUCAACUGAACUGCCAAACGGGCUGUUAUGAAACACCAGCUAGUUUGAAACAACCCACUGGGCAGAAAACACCAGUCUGGCCAAAUGAUUUGCACUACAGAA